CCUUAGUAACGAUGGCCGCAGAGGCUUCCUACCCUCCCGGGAGCAGAGUGCGCGUUUUCAGGAGCGCGGCUGGAGAAGACGGGAAAAGGCGUAAGAUUCGUGAGCACUGAUUGGCUGAAGCGAGAAGAGUUUGGCUGCUGACUGGCUCCGUCUUUCGCGGGAAGGAGUUUGUGGCUUCUGCGAAAAGUAGAUAUAGCGGAGCGGCGCCUCAGGGCUCGGCGGCGGUUAGGGGAACCCACCAGACCGGAACCUCCUGGAACUCUUUCCUGAGGAUCGUGACGAAGAUGUGGACCAGUGGAUUUGAAAGCUAUAGCAGUUCCUCUUUUGGGGGAACCGGAAGCUACACACAGUCCCCUGGGGGCUUUGGAUCACCGACACCUUCCCAGGCCGAAAAGAAAUCUAGAGCCCGAGCUCAGCAUAUUGUACCCUGUACCAUAUCUCAGCUGCUUUCUGCUACUCUGGUUGAUGAAGUGUUCAGAAUUGGAAAUGUUGAGAUUUCACAGGUCACUAUUGUGGGGAUAAUCAGAAAUGCAGAGAAGGCUGCAACCAACAUUGUUUACAAAAUAGAUGACAUGACGGCUGCACCCAUGGAUGUUCGCCAGUGGGUUGACACAGAUGAUGCCAGCAGUGAAAACACUGUGGUUCCUCCAGAAACAUAUGUGAAAGUGGCUGGUCAUCUGAGAUCUUUUCAGAACAAGAAAAGCCUGGUAGCCUUUAAGAUCAUGCCCCUGGAGGAUAUGAAUGAGUUUACCACACAUAUUCUGGAAGUAGUCAAUGCACACAUGAUGCUCAGCAAGUCUAACAGCCAGCCCUCAGCAGGGAGAGCACCUGUCAGCAAUCCAGGAAUGGGUGAAGCUGGGAACUUUGGUGGGAAUAGCUUCAUGCCAACAAAUGGCCUCACUGUGGCCCAGAACCAGGUACUGAAUUUGAUUAAGGCUUGCCCAAGGCCUGAAGGAUUGAACUUUCAGGAUCUCAAGAAUCAGCUCCAACACAUGACCGUACCCUCCAUCAAGCAAGCUGUGGAUUUUCUAAGCAACGAGGGACACAUCUAUUCCACUGUGGAUGAUGAUCAUUUUAAAUCCACAGAUGCAGAAUAACUGGAUCUAAUUGGGUACCCGAGAUAUUUUCCAGCUGGACCUUUUAUGCAGUCUCUCGUCUCCAGCUGUGCAUAUAUUUGGCAGGUUGACUUCUAGGUAGUAGGUUUCAUCUAUAAAAGGUUUCAAUUGACAUCCUUUUGAAACUUACUACUCUUCUGUGUUUUUGAAGCUCAGAGGGAUAUGGGCAACUGACAGGGAUGUAAACCAGGGCGGAAUUUCUUAAAGAACUUACAAAUUAGUUACAAUAUCAGGAUAAAUGGAAUUGGAAGAGGGAUGCUACCAAGAAGGGUUGGGCGGUAUUACUUAAAUAAUACUCAGGAGUUUUUAUGCCUAAAUUGUUUCCUGUUGAGAGCAGGACUAGGGCCUGUCAGCAGAGAGCUAGCCACAAAGCCCACUAACCUCUGCCUGUUUUUGUUCCCCACUUUGGUUAUGUGGUUAUGUGUUGUUACUUUCAGAAUUGCACUUUCUUUCACCUUGUCAUAAUUGCUGCCCAAAGUGUGUUUUUAUAAGCAUGGGGUUCUAGAAUGGUGGCUUCAUGGGGCAGAGAGAAAGAUACGUGUUUUGUACAAAAUAAGUACAUUCAUAUGCUUAAUAAAAUAGUUCUAUUAUUGCAGUAACUUGUAAAAAUGUUCUUUUUUUUACACUGUAAUAAUUAAUACUUUAUCAUCUCAGCUAAUUCAGAGAUAAGUUAAUGAGGUGUAACAUGCAAAUAAAAGUUCUGUAACUGCUU